AUGUCCUCCUCCUCACCCUCCAAACCCCCACCCCCAUCCACCCCCACCGACCUCCCCCCCUCCCCCGCCCUGCCCCCAGACAGCCUCAUCCUCAUAACCGGCGCAAACGGCCUCCUCGCAUCGCACCUCUGCUCCACCCUCCUCGCGGCUGGCUACCGCGUCCGCGGCACCGUCCGCUCCCUCCACAGAUGCCGCUGGCUCGCCGACCUCUUCGCCGCCGACCGCUUCGAACUGUUCGAAGUGCCCGACAUGGCCACGCCGGGCGCCUUCGCCGACGCUGUGCGUGGCUGCGCGGGCGUCGUGCAUGUUGCGGCGCCGAUGUUGACGGAGACGGACGUCGGGAAGAUUGUGGAGGGGGCGGUGGCGGGGGUGAGGGAGGUGCUGGGGGCGGUGGAGGGAACAUGGGAGGGAGUAGGAGCGGGAGCGGGAGGGGGAGAAGGGGUGAGGAGGGUGGUUGUUACGUCGUCGGCGGUGGCGGUGAGGGGGAUGGGGGAGUUUGUUGUUGGUGGUGGGGGUGGGGGGAAGAAGGUGCGGGCGGAUGAGUGGAAUGAGGGUGCGGUGGCGGCGGUGGCGGAGGGCGGGGGGUUGGAGGGGAUGGGGGUGGAGGAGAGGGUGAUGCUGGCGUAUGCGGCGGGGAAGACGUUGGCGGAGAGGGAGGUGUGGGAGUGGGAGGAGCGGGUGGGGAGGGGGAGGGGGGUUGUUGUGAAUACGGUGGUGCCGUCGGGCGUGUUUGGGAGGCCGCUUAGCCACGAACAUCAGGGCUACCCGUCGUCUUCACAGUGGGCACCGAAGGCGUUUAGAGGAGAUCCGGAUUUCAACAAGUUCCCGAGCUUCUACUGGAUCAGCAUCAAAGACAUGACGCGCCUCCACGUGGCUGCAUUGCUUCAUCCUGGCGUUCAAAACGAGCGCAUCUUUGGAUUCGCUGGGACCUACACGGUGAAUGACUUUUUGGCUUUUUACAGGAAACACUAUCCGGGUCGACAAUUUCCGGUAGAUGUUCCUGGCGUUGUUAGUAACUUUGUCGAGGUUGAGCCUGCGAAAAGGGCCGAGGAGUUGCUGAAAGACAUGGGGAGACCAGGCUUUGAGGCGCUGGAGGAUACUGUGCUUGACAAUAUCAUAGACAUAGCCUAG